UACCUCUUAACUAUUUCGUUCCGUGGAAUUUUCGCGAGUUCCGCUAAUAUCAAUUAUUCGAUAAGGGUGCGGAUCGCAUGCCCGGGAGAGCGCUGGCAAAGUGGCGGCGAUCUGAGCCCCGCGAGCAUGUGUGUCGGAUGAGAGGAGAUCCGGAGGCGAAGGAAAGACAACUAGUUUAUUUACAAGCUUUCAAGUGAUUUGUGUGCGACGAAGAUAUUGAAGGACAGCUACUGAAAAAGACGGAAACAAUCUCUGCGGCAGAGUUGAUUACUCAUUUGCAAUGGGUCGUAAACGUCCAAAUUGGCGUUUCAAUGAAGCACAUGUCAGUGAAGAACUCAAGAUAACUGUAGCUCUGGCUCUGAAGAAACUUAUGCAAAAUGGUGACCAAAAGGAACUGGAGUUUCCAUCAUCUCUUACCUCUGAAGAGAGGAAGUACAUCCACUUUGUGGCUCAACAGAUGGGGUUCAAAAGCAAAAGUCAAAGGAAAGGGUCCUCACGCUACCUGACAGUCUAUAAAAAGGAAGGAUCAACCAUUAUGAGCAGUGAGGCGGUGGUGGCACUGGCCGACUCAACCCGCUCUACUAUCCUAGGACUCCUGCAGCGGUGCCCUGUGACCAACAAGGAGCGGCAGGACCUUUUACCAGCAACGGAACGUGAUCGCCUCAUGAACCCUGAAUUAAGAGACUUGAGCGUCCUGCGAUCCCUGGGCCGCCUCACCCCUGGUCCACCGCAGAUCCCUCCUCCUCCAAGCCUGAGUGAUCUGACAGCUGAUGCCAGGAAGCUCCCCAUAUGGAACAUGAAGGACCAGCUCCUGGCUGCCAUCCACCACAACCAAGUCAUACUGGUGUGUGGAGAGACAGGCUCAGGAAAAACAACCCAGGUACCCCAAAUGUUACUUCAGGAAGCUUCAUCCCUUGGAAAACCUUGUCGCAUUUUCUGUACACAACCCAGGAGGAUAUCAGCCUUGACAACAGCAGAGAGAGUUGCAGCAGAACGGGGAGAGAAAGUUGGGUACACAGUAGGAUACCAGAUCAGACUGGAGAGCAAAUUGUCUCCCAAAACACUCCUGACAUUCUGUACAAAUGGUGUCCUGUUGCGGACGCUCAUGGGGGGAGACUCCUCCCUUGCUAGUGUUACUCAUAUUCUUGUGGAUGAGGUUCAUGAACGUGACAGGUUCACUGACUUCCUUCUGCUUGUCUUGCGGGACUGUCUCCACAAGUUCAGACAUCUGAAGCUCAUCCUUAUGUCAGCUGCUCUGGAUGUCAAUCUUUAUGCCAAAUACUUCAACAAUUGUCCUGUUAUCGAUGUUCCUGGAAGGUGCUACCCAGUCAAAGAAUACUUCCUGGAGGAUGUCUUAAAAUAUACCAACUACCAAACACCUGAAAUGCUGAAGGCAUAUAAAGAGCUGGAACAGAGACAGAGUGGCCAGAAGACAGCAGCAGCUUGGACACAGCAGAUGUCACAGCAGACACUAAGCUUAGGGUCCAGUGCACCUGCACCAGAACCUAGAAGCAACAUCACAAACAGUGAAUUCAGCAAGGGUUCUGGAGCUGAGCUGGAUAAUACUCUGAAAGAAGAAAUGGACAAAUGCAUUCAAGAAGCCUUCCUCACUGGUGCCGAUGAAGCAUUCUCUCAGAUGAUGUACUUAAUUAUGUCAGAAAAUGUGUCUCCAGAUUAUCAGCACUCCGAAACCUGGGCAACAGCACUCAUGGUAGCCUCUGGACGUGGUCGUGUCGACAUAGUGGAGCAGUUGCUUGCCUUAGGCUCUUCUCUCACCUUGCGUGCAGCAAACGACUGGACUGCAGCUGACUGGGCCCAGUCAACAGGACAGCAGGAGACUCUUGAUUUGCUGCAUGCCUAUAGUGCCUGUGAGGGAGUUGACUUGCUGACUAUCUCAGGCAAGGGAAUGCAAAGCAGCAGCUCCUCCUCAAAUCAUGGGAAUGUUAUCAGAGGUCCCUCAACAGUGGUGCCCCUAACUGAACUCUCGCCAGAGGAAAAGCGAAUGCUGGAUGCGUACCACCACUCACUUAUUGGUAGCAAUACUUCUUGGAAUGUUGCAGGUGCAAUCCUCAUCUUCCUGCCGGGGUACGAUGAUAUUGUCAAUCUCCGUGAUCGCAUCAUAGCUGAAGAGAAACAGUAUCUGAUUGGUGGAAAAUACUGUCUCUUUUGCCUCCACUCCAGCAUGCAGUCAAGUGACCAGAAACGUGUCUUCAAACCUUCACCAUCUGGUGUUCGCAAGAUCAUCCUCUCCACCAACAUUGCAGAAACCAGUGUCACAAUAAAUGAUGUGGUGUAUGUCAUAGAUGCUGGCAAGAUGAAGGAGGUGAGUUUUGACUCAAACCUGGGUGUGUCAUGCUUGAGGUGCGUAUGGAUAUCCCAGGCCUCAAGUCAGCAGAGGAGGGGCCGGGCUGGCAGGUGUCAGCCAGGCAUCUGCUACCACCUCUUCUCACGCAGCCGUUACAACAACAUGCAGCAUUUCCAGACCCCAGAGAUCUUGAGGACACCACUGCAGGAACUUUGUCUUCACACCAAACUUCUAGCUCCAGCCAACAUGCCUAUUGCAGAUUUUUUGGCAAGAGCACCAGAAGCACCAGCAUUUAUGGUUAUCAGAAAUGCUGUUCAGUUGCUCAAGAGCAUGGAUGCCCUAGAUGGCUGGGAGGAUGUCACAGAGUUGGGCCACCACCUGCUGGAUUUGCCGCUGCCCCCACGCUUGGCCAAAAUGGUCAUUACAGCCACAGUUCUCAAGUGCCUUGAUCCAGUACUCACUAUAGCUGCCUGCCUCUCAUACAAGGACCCCUUCAUACUACCAAAGCACCCAAAUGAAAAGAGAAGUGCAACUGCUGUACGCAGGAAGUUCACAUCAGGGACCUACAGUGACCACAUGGUCCUCCUGAAGGCAUUCCAGGCUUGGCAGAAAGCCUGUAGUGAAGGCUGGGAAAGAGGCUGGUGUGAGAGAAACUUUGUCUCUGGAGCCAAUAUGGAGAUGAUCCACGGAAUGCGGUCUCAGGUACUAGCCCAAUUGAGAGGAGCAGGAUUUGUGCGGGCUCGAGGACCUGGAGACAUUAGGGAUGUAAAUAGCAACAGUGAUAAUUGGGCCAUGGUGAAGGCAGCUCUGGUGUCAGGGAUGUACCCAAAUCUCAUCAGGGUUGACCGAGAACAGUGUCAGCUGAGAACACAGAAAGAGAGCAAGGUGCGACUCCACCCUACAUCAUCCUUACUGGACAUGGCAGGAAACAACACUGAACCUCUCAGUGCUGCCCACAGAGCCCUGGUUAGCGCUUUGGCAUCAGACUGGCUAGUGUAUGAUGAAAUGGUUCGCAUAGGAGUGGUGGCCCACGUCAAAACGGUGACCCUCGUGUCUCCCCUUACCGUUCUUUUGCUAGCAGGACCAAUGCGAUUGCCGCUUGAUGCUCUGUCUGAACCAUCAAGUCGAGGCAGUGGUGACUGCAGUAGUGACAGUGAAAGUGAAGACCGUCCCAUGGGUCUGAGUUGCCUUGUGAGAAUUGACAACUGGAUUCAGUUCUUGGGAGAUCCUCAGGCUGCACACCUUGCUCUGCAGUUGAGACACAAGUUGCAUGCAUUGAUUCUCAGGAGACUGCGUGCGCCAAACAAGCCUCUCACUCAGGCUGAUGAGGAUGUUGUUCGUGUCGUGGCAACGGCCCUGAGUCAGGAGGAGCAAGUCCUGAGCCUGGUGCAGCCCUCAGGUGUAGGCCAGCGUCCACGGCCACUUUAUCCCCACAGCCACCCCCAUGAAGGUGGAUGGUCAGGAGGCACAUCAGAAGACUCACAGUCUAGCCGUUCCUCAUCUCGCCGCACAAGUGACACAGCAACACCAACCCUUACUCCAACAACACCCCCAGCUGGCCAGCCACAUCCCUCAACAAGUCUCAAGUUCUUGGGUGGCAAUACCUCAGUCAAUAAAUCAGUGCCUCCUGGAACAAUUUCUAUGUCAAGCUCAGCUACUUCAUCUAUCAGCAGCAGUUCGAUUAAUGCCUUCCCUACGUCACAGCUUUUGCUGACAUCCAGUGCCAGUAGCAGCAUGAGUUUCCCAACUUCAGGAUCUUCAAUUCUGACUGCUCCCUCCACCCCAGGUACCAAGUCCAAUGGCAACCUGCUGUUAAAUAGCACAAGCAAAACAACUACCACCUCCCCAAGUAGCCCUCACAGCAGUUCUGGUGUGGCUCUCAAUAUGGCAAACCAAAAUGCAAGUGGGAACAGCCAUAACAUUGCUUCUGGCAGUCGGAGCUCCACGGCAACCACAUCAUGUGCUAUUGUAAGGCCCUCUUUCUCACCUAAUGUUGGGAUGGGUGGCAUGAGUAAGCCAUGCACAAAAGAUGCAAGGGGUGGCUUAGGCAGUGGCAUGGCAGAGGGUGGGAACAAUGGGGGCAAACCCAGGUUCUUCAUCAUCAAAGCUUCAUCAUAUAAGCAGCUUGAGGCAUCGCACCAUACAGGGCUUUGGGCCUUCACUCACAACACAGAAAAGAAAAUCAUACAAGCUUUUCAGAAUGGUCCAGUGAUCCUUGUAUUUACUCUUCAUCGUGGCAACCAAUUCAAUGGUUAUGCUCGAUUUAUUGGUGAAAAAUCUGAAGAAAAAUGUCCGGAUAUCACAAAUGUAGGCCCAACUCUAGGACCACUGUACAAG